CCCGUCCCGCAGCGGCCGCCGAGCCGCCCGGUGCCGCGGUGAUGGGCUGGGGCCGCGCCGUGUGCGCGCUGCUGGCCGCCGGGCUGCUGGCCGCCGGGGCUUUCCCCCAGACCAACAUCAAGAUCAGCCAAGCCCUGCCGGAGCCCGUGCACGCCUACUCCUGCCCUCUCUUCUGGACGGAGUAUGAAGGCCACUGCUACCGGUACUUCCCCAUCAACAAAACCUGGGCUGAAGCCGACCUCUACUGUGCUGAGUUCUCCAUCGGCAUCAGGUCAGCGAAGCUGGCCUCCAUUCACAGCUGGGAAGAAAAUGUCUUUGUGUAUGACCUGGUGAACAGCCGUGUCCCCGGCAUCCCCACCGACAUCUGGACAGGGCUCAACGACCUGCGGCAGGAGGGUAACUUCGAGUGGACGGAUGGCUCCUCCUAUGACUAUAACUACUGGGACGGCAGCCAGCCUGACGACGGCAUCCACUCCAUCCCGGAGGAGGAGGACUGCGUGCAGAUCUGGUACCGGGCCAGCAGCGCGCUGCGCUCCUGGAAUGACAACGCCUGCAGCCGAGCCUUUCCCUUUGUCUGCAAAAUCCCCUCGCUGGCUCUGGACUGAUCCUGCACCCCAGCUUUGUGCCACCUCAGCGGGGACGAGCCGGCCGGGACGUCACGGGAUGGAGGAGGCCUCAUGCGCAGGCUGGAGCCGUGGAGCUCUCCCCGCAGGGAAGCGGUGACAGGAGGCGUGCUGCAGAGCAAAGGAGGACCCAGAUUUAACCCUGGGGUUGGGUUUUAAAUAAACUAUUGCACCGUG